AUGCUUCGAGGAACUACUUCAACAAACCUCUUCGGCAACCCCAAGAGACGCAAGCAGAGACAGCAACAGGAACAGGAGCAAAAGGACAAGGAAGAGAAGCUCCGUCUGCAAGCUCUCGAGGAAGCUGAAUUCGCAACCAAGGCCGAGACAUCAGAUUUCCUCCUCUACUACCUUGAGCGAUCCCCCUUCAAGGACCAAUCCGACCAGAUUUCCAUCGCAUGGGAAAACCUCCCCAGCCUAAGCGAGCUCGAGUCUUUCGCCGACCUCGACAAGACCGCCGGUACCCAAGCAUGCCGUCGUCUCUUCAAGGCCGUCGUUAUCUGGGACGAUCUUGGUCUCGACCUCUGGGAGACUCUUAACAGCACUUUCCACCCUGAAUCCAACGACGAUGACAGCGACGAUGACCUUCUUGACGAGAUCCGAGAGGAGCCUUCCGGCUGGGAUAGCCCAAGAAGAUCACGAUCCCGCGCCAGCUCCAGAACAUCUGCUUCCGAUACAUUAGCAUCUGAGCGAUCUCGCCAGGUCUCGGCUGAUAAGAACGAAAAGCGCAGCCGCAGCCGUGACUCGCGCAAGACAACUGCAACAAGAGAUGGAAGCCACAGCAGAGCUCCCCCCAGGAGACCCAUGGGUCUUCAAGGUGGCAUGAUCAGCGAGUACUACGACAGCCCCUCACGGUAUCGCGUUCCCAAGAUUGUGCGAGUGCUGUAA